AACGGCGGUAAGAACAAAGAGCUAAAAAGUGCACUUGGGCAUCUUUACAAAGCCGUGCUAAUGUUCAGGCAAAAUUAAACAUUUGAAUAUCUUGUUUCGGAUUUCAGGGGAAAAAACUUCGUUAAAAAUAAUGGCUACUGGAACUACCAGUUCAAAACUAGAAACCGGAUUGAAUGGAGCUAGUGAGAGCAGUAAUUCGCCGAGAGUAAAAUCACCGACAAGCGCACACAAGCCGCGACAAAAAGCAACGAACUGGGGAAUAGAAGAAACCAGGAUUUUCCUAGAGGCAUGGAAAACGUACUACGAUUCGCUUGAAACCGCAUCUUACUUGGGGAAAAAUACGAUCUGGAAUAAGAUAUACGAGCAGUAUCGCUCAGGAUGCAUCAGCGAUGGCCUGUCUGUAAACAGAAACGUCUAUCAGCUUAAAAAACGAGUUCAGAACUUGACUUAUCAAUAUAAGCAGUUUCGGGGACCUACGGCCGCUUGCAUCGACGAAGAAACGCGGGCAAGAAUCAAUAAAGUAUUUCCAUACUUCGAUUUUUUUAAUGAUGUGAUAACGGGGGAGAAUCGAGUCGCAGUUCGACGAGAUACCAACGGAACUAGUGAGACGAAGCUAGCGGUUUAUGCUUUUGAUGAGCAACUGAAGAGCGAUCGGAGAGAUUCAGAGCCUCGGAUAGCGGUCAGGAACGAUACAAGCGAGUCUGGCGAAGCGAAGCUGACAGUGUUCGCUUACGACGAAGAACCGAAAGACAAGCCUCAGCCUCGCCGACAAUCUGCGCUGAACACACGCGUGUCGCCCGAGUCCGAGAGCGAAGAAUCGGCUGAAAAUCACAGCGAAGCGAGCGACCAUCACGCAGCACAACUUGUCAACAAUCGACCCGAGCAGUCCGAUUCAAGUUCAGAGGAAGAGGAAACAGAUCUUGUAGUCGUCGAUAUACCAGAGCUUCAACAACAUACUGCGCCUUCACCACGAAAAAGACUCAAGCGACAAACUCAUGUUGCGGUAAACAAGCGGCCAGAGCCAAAACUAACGGAAUCUGUGCCGAGAAAUCGCACAGAAGAGGACGGGUUUCGCAUGAGUGCGUUGGAGGAAAUGUGGGAGCGCAAGCUUGCGCAGGACAGAGAGCAGUUCGAGAAGCUCAUGGAAUUUCAGAGAGAAUCACUCCAAGUGCAACAGCAGCAGACAAACGCUAUAAUAUCAGGACUUACAAAUAUACUCAACACGCUAGCGAAAAAUAAUCGGUGAGAUUAUUUACGCUACUAGGUGUUCGCGGUUACCCUGUGGCUGAGAGGGGCUGAACAGAGUCGUAGUCACCGUAGAGCGUUUUUUCUUGCUUUUUUUUGGCUUUGCAUGCAUACAUCCUUUCUUUUUUUUUCUAAAACGCUUAUUUGAUUAGAAAUAAUAUAAUUGUAAAAUAUGAAAAAAAAGUUGUAGUUGGGGUCUUAGGUUAUCCAUAGCCUAUUCCCAGCAUACUUGCUUCAAAUGUGCUUCAAAUACAAGAACUGUAUCAGAAAUUUUCCCGGGAGAUCAUUGGGAGAUUGCAGAAAAAAAUGUAUAGGAAGUUUCGAUUUUUUUGCCGGGAGAUGAAGGCGAAAACCAGGAGAGUUGAUAGGUAUGUCCCAGGAGUCUUAUUAACUAACCACUGUUGUCAAGAAUUAUAUGCUGUCGCGACGAGUGGCAAAUUAAAAGUUGCGUCAUUACCCACAA